GACUGGUCACCACACAUUUUACAAGAAAGCUUGUUCAGUUCUACAAGAGAAAAUACCUCUCUUAAUUUCUGAAAUGAAGAUCAACAUAUUGAAAAGUCUCCUCUAUCUGACAAUGGUUUAUCCACUAAAUGUGUUACCUGCUGUCACUUCCCAGAUCAGGCUGGUCAAUGGUAAAGAUCGCUGCUCAGGAAGAGUUGAGAUCUAUUACAGUGGCCAGUGGGGAACAGUUUGUGAUGAUUCCUGGGAUAUUACAGAUGCUGAGGUGGUGUGUAGAGAGCUGGACUGUAAGGGUACAAACAAAGUCCAAAGUAGUGGCCAAUAUGGUCCAGGCAGUGGAAAGAUCUGGCUGGAUGACGUUGCAUGCACUGGUAGUGAACGUCAUCUCACAGCGUGCCCGCACAGUGGAUUUGGAAAACAUAACUGUCAACAUAGUGAGGAUGUUGGUGUUGUCUGCCCAGCUGCCCAGAUCAGGCUGGUCAAUGGUAAUGGUCGCUGCUCUGGGAGAGUGGAGAUCUAUUACAGUGGCCAGUGGGGAACAGUGUGUGAUGAAGACUGGGAUAUGAAUGAUGCUGCGGUGGUGUGUGGACAGCUGGGUUGUGGGAGUGCUGUAGGUGCCCCUCUCGUUGCCUAUUUUGGUCAGGGUAGUGAACCAACCUGGCUGGAUAAUGUGAACUGCUCUGGAAAUGAAAGCUACCUCUCAGAGUGCUCACACAAAAGUUUUGAAGAUGAAAACUGUGAUCAUGGUGAAGAUGCUGGUGUUUUCUGCCUCUCAGGUUUAACCCUGAAGAGACCUACCCUCUCUAAAACGCCUUCCCAUUCAGCUUUUUCACCUGGUGAAAUGGUGCAGUUCAUCUGCUCUGUCCCUCAACGAAUUGCCAUCACUGCAAACUUUGACUUACAUAGGGGAGGAUCUUCAAUAAUGACCCUAGCAGUUGGAACCACUCAGACCAGUAAGACUUUCACAUUGUCCAGUCUGCAAUCUGCACACCAGGGAAGGUACAGUUGUCUACAACAGAUAACCCAGAAUGGUCAGAAAAUGAUCAGCUCUUCUUCCAGCAACUCCAUGGACAUCACUAUUGUCGUCUUGUUACAGCCCAACGUCUCUCUCAGUGCUCCAAAUGGAGGGAUUUUCUGGGGACUUCAGGGGCCAGAGGUGACCAGGGGCCACAGCUUCUCCAUCACCUGCUCCAUUCAGCCACAGUAUCCUGGAGGCCUCUUCUAUCUGGACUUCUCUGGGUCCAACAGGACUGAAACUAAGCCAGCAGUCAACCACUCUGCCUCCUUUCACGUUCCUGUUGCAGACUAUACAGACCAGGGGAACUACAGUUGUGUUUAUGAAGUUAUUGUCUCCACCCUGUCAUUCCAUUCUAACAAGACAGAGUUGCUGACAGUCAGCAUUCGAGCAUCCAUAGUCCCCAUUAUUGCCUCUGGUGUAAUAGUUGGGCUACUGCUCCUCCUGCUGCUGCUCAUUCCUUGUCUAGUCUGGAGGAAGAUACGCAACAGAGAGCAGUCUAUUAUGAUAAACCCGAGAGAAACGAGUGAGGACAAUGAUGAAGAGGACUAUGUCAACGUAGAACCCUUUGUCAACAAGAGCAAAGAUGAAGACUUGAAAAAAAGAUGCCAUGCACUAAUGUAUGUGAAAAAGGAGUUGCUUACCACUAAAAAUAAUGAGAAUGCCCCAGGGGCCAUGAACAAGUUCGGAAACAUCCAAGGUGAAGGGCCAGACGCAAGUGAGGAAGAUGAGUCGGACUAUGAAAAUCCAGAUAUCUUCAUGGAGAGGGAUUUUGCUGAAGACAUCUAUGAUGAAGACAGUGAGUCUUUAGACCUGGAGCAGCUCACUUCAUGUAAAGCUGGAAGGGAGAAUGACUACGAAGAAGAUGACAACAUAUACGCAAACUAUGAGUGAAGGCCUUGUUAUACGAAUGCCGAUGCAGAGAUAUAGAUGCCAGGAGAGGCAUGAAAGGUUAGCUUUGUGAGUUGAAUUAUAAGGGCUUAAAAAACAACUUUUUCAUCAAAAUGUUCACUUAGUAGAUACGAGUAAAGGCUUUGUUUGAAUAUGAGUUAGAAUUUCGAUGUAAAUUGUUUGGGUGUAUGAGUUCUAGUUGUAUUGUUGUCAGGUAAUUGUAUGAGUUUUCUGACUUGACAUUGUUAUAUAUAUUUUUUAAUUAUUACAUAAUUUACUUCAGUUUAAAAACAGUGAUUGUCUUGAUGAAUUGUCUGAACGCAUUGAAUAUAAUCUAUUAUUUCAUUUUUUUAAGUAAAUAUAUUAAUACUUUAGACUAUUUCCCUUCUAUAACAUUCAGUGUGCUGUCAAGGAGUUGUGCUGUCAAAGAAUAGUCCGUAGCAAUGACUGGUUAUGAUGUGCUAAACUUGAGAUCUACACUCUUAGAAAAAUGUCUCCAUAGGAUAACCCUUUUUGGUUCCAGGUAGAACUAUUUUGGGUUCCAUGUAGAACCAUCUGUGUAAAGGGUUAUUCAAAGGGUUCUCCUAUGGGACAGCCGAAGAACUCUUUUAGGUUCUAGAUAGCAAUUUUUUUUCUAAGUGUACAGUAUGGCAAAAUGCAAAUACAUUUGUACUGUAUGUAUAGAAUCAAACAAUAAUGUUGA